AUGCGAAAUGUGCAGGACGAGCUGAAACAGUUUCAAAGAAGAAUAGAGAGGCUACGCGGAAAUCUUGAAUCAGCAGAGCAGAAGAGGCAUGAAGACCGGACCAUCAAUAACUGGGUGGUGGAGUUGAAAGAUGUCAUGUAUGAUGCGGAGGAUAUCAUCGAGCGUUGUAUGAUCGAGGGCAGAAUAUUGUUGGAAAAUCAUCCCUCCACAUUAGCGGUACGCGACACCUCAUCUUCAUUUUAUUCCCCUGGCUUCCUCCAGUUCAAGCAUGAAAUUGGUAAAAAAAUUAAAGAACUUAAUGAUAGGCUAAAAGAGAUCAACAAGGAUAGAUCAAAAUUGGCUGCACUAAAAUACACUAGGCAAAGUGCUCAAGAGGGUAGAGUAAAUACCCGUCAAACUUUUCCCAGUGUGAUUAAGUCUGAUAUUGUCGGGCCAAAAAUUGAAGAGGCUACCCAAAGUCUCGUGGAGUUAUUAAUUAAGGACGAUAAUAAAAAAUACCGAGUUUUGGGGAUCGUUGGGAUGGGUGGAAUCGGCAAGACCACUCUUGCUUCUAACAUAUACAAUAACAAAAUAAUAAAAGAGAACUUUCCUAUACGAGUAUGGGUGUGUAUUUCUCAAGAUUUUUCAGUAACAAAAAUGCUAAAAGAGAUAAUUAGGGGUGGGGGUGGAAAUUAUGGGAAGGCUGAAACCAAGGCAGAGCUUGUAACCUGUCUUUCCUUUGUUCUUUCAAAAAGAUUCUUUAUUGUAUUAGAUGAUGUAUGGGAAAAAGAUGUAUGGGAGGAUUUGCUUAGAUAUGCCGUUGAAAAUGCAACAUCUGCCGGCAAGAUUGUACCACAACGUGGCUGGACGUAUUGUGAGAGAAGCACCAUGGAAUGGAAUAAGAUUCUCAAAAGUGAUGCCUGGUCUAUGAGCCAACUUCAAGAACAACUGCCAAGAGCUCUAUUUUUAAGCUAUGAAUAUUUACCAUCUGAUCUCAAACAGUGUUUUCUAUACUGUUCGUUGUUUCCUGAGGAUUUGACCAUGGAUCGCGAUGAGCUUAUUCGUUAUUGGGUGGCUGAAGGCUUUGUAAGAAGAACACGGGGAGAUACAAUUAUGGAAGAUUUAGCAGAGGAUUUCUGUAGGGAGUUAAUCGAUCGGGAGGAAUCUUUUACAAUGCAUGAUCUGCUACGUUCCCUUGCUCAUUCUUUGAUACGUGAUGAGAGCAUUUUUCUUGGUGACGAGCAAUCACCUAACACAAACCCUCUGAGUAAACUACGUCGUUUGUCAAUGGUUAAAAAAGGUGGGAGAUUAGAAGUUCCUGACGUAAUAAAACAGCAAAAGUGCUUAAGAACUCUUCUUGUUUGGAGGAGUUCGGAGAUAAAGAUGGUCGAGAAUGAACUUUUGAAAACAUUGGGUUUUCUGCGAGUCAUGGACCUGAGCAAUACGAGCCUUGAGAGCCUUCCAGACUAUGUAGCAGAUCUUUUACACCUGAGAUAUUUAAAUGUUUUUGAGAUGGAGAUCAAGGAGUUGCCAGAGUCCAUCGGAUGCCUCGUUGUUAUAUUUGGCUCCAAAUCUUAUUUCCUUUUCGUCUCCCGUGAUAUCAAGGAAUUUUACACCGAUUGA